CCUUCACCCAGCAAAAAGGCCUCUGCGCAGGCGCCUCAGCCCUUCGGCGACGCCAUCGCGAGCUUGGCUUCCUAUUGGCUGAGCUGAGGGAAGCGGGGCGGCCUUUCCAUGAGCGAGCGACAGUCCGCGCUGAGGCUGUAGCCGGCGGUGACUUGAACCGGAUUCGAUCGCGUUGCUUUCGAGGCCGGCCCGAGCGGACGCGUCGCUUCCUCUCCGCUUCUUCUCUUACCAGGGCCGCCGCCUCCGCCGCCCUCCUCUCCUCUCCUCCGCCGCCGCCAUGGCGCUUAGCGAUGCCGACGUCCAGAAGCAGAUCAAGCACAUGAUGGCUUUCAUUGAACAGGAAGCCAAUGAAAAAGCAGAAGAAAUAGAUGCAAAGGCUGAAGAAGAAUUCAACAUUGAGAAAGGUCGUCUUGUUCAGACACAGAGGCUGAAGAUCAUGGAGUACUAUGAAAAGAAAGAGAAACAAAUUGAACAGCAGAAGAAAAUUCAGAUGUCCAAUCUGAUGAAUCAAGCACGGCUGAAGGUCCUCAGAGCAAGAGAUGAUUUGAUUGCCGAUUUGCUGAGUGAGGCUAAGCAGAGACUGUCUAAAGUUGUGAAGGACAGCGCCAGGUACCAAAUGCUGUUGGAUGGGCUGGUUCUACAGGGAUUUUAUCAGUUGCUGGAGCCUAGAAUGAUUGUCCGUUGCCGGAAGCAGGAUCUUCCCCUAGUUAAGAACGCCAUCCAGAAGAGCAUCCCAAUCUACAAAGCUGCUACCAAAAAAGAAGUUGACAUUCACAUCGACCAGGAUACGUUUCUGUCGGAGGACAUAGCCGGAGGUGUUGAAAUCUAUAAUACUGACAAUAAAAUAAAAGUGUCUAAUACUCUGGAAAGCCGGCUGGAUCUGAUCGCCCAGCAGAUGAUGCCGGAGAUCCGAACGGCACUCUUCGGUGCCAACACCAACAGGAAAUUCCUGGACUAAAAUGCUGUGAAGCAGAGUGGAAUCUCUUCCACUGCCAGAAUAGAGAUGUCCUGAGCAUCUCUAAUAAAACUGCAGGCAAUCCCCACCCCCCACCCCCUUAAAAUGUACUCAGCGCUCUAUACUGUGUUGUCCUGUGUUAAGUUCUUCAGUUAAAUUAUUUUAUUGCAUACCAGCUGCGCUUAGCUUGACCAGGAAAGAGGCUGGAAGACCUCUCUUCCCCAGAGCAAUGGUGUGUGUGUGACACAAGGACUCCCUACCGCCAUUGGCUGGCUUAGUACAAGUGGGAGGGUCAGGGGUCAGAUGUUGCUUAAGUCACUCCCUUCCAGGUUUGUCACCAACCCCGCCCCCCCCCCCCCCCCAAAUGCUGCUUAUCUGCAGUUUCGUCCAUACUUGGUUCAAACAGAGCAUAUAUUUCUCUUGGAUGGCUGCAACGCGUGGUGACGUGAUCAGCUCCAACCUUUUUGUUCUGUAUAUGUGGCUUCAAAAUACAUAUUAUUAUAUAUAUAAAUAUAAAAGGCUAACUCUGUAAUUUCUUUGUUAAAAUAAAAGAGAUGUGUGUUA